UUCUCGAGUCUACACUUCUCCACCUGUAAUGCAACCCCGCACCAUUCUUGACUGAAAACCAUAGGGCGCAAAUCUAAGCGACCAGCCCAUCAUGGCACUCCGGUUUCGGCGGGGCUUUCCUGAGGAGUUGCUUCUCCACAUCAUUGGCAGCGUGGAACAUCCAAAUACUCUCGCAGCUCUCUCUCUGGUCUCUCAUUACUUCCACAAGAUUACAGAGCCAUACCUCUAUUCUACCGUUGUUCAAGAUGAAUGGACAGGGAUUGUAAUGCUAUUGUUCCUUCGAACCCUGCUGAUAAAACCGCACGUCGGUCGACAUGUCAAGAAAUGGAUCGGGCCCUCUCCUAAUAGGGUUAUAAUUGAGAUGAAACCGCUUGGAGAAGGUAGCCUUGAUCUGUUCUAUUUCUUGGUCUUUUACUUGUUGGGACAUAAAGAUAAAUAUUACAAGAAGUGGUAUUAUAUUAUUGGGUGUGGGAGCUAGGAUGCUCUUACGUCGAUCGUUAUCUCUAUGGUACCAAACCUCAAAGAAAUUAACUUCUUCGAAUAAUAACUCGGAUGGU